AUCUGUAUGCCUUAGUAGUCAGUCAGAAUAUUAUCACGUGUUCAAUAAUUUUGAACUUUCUCAAUGUUCAGAUGCCGCCACGUAGGGAACCCGAUCAUCCGGCUCAUACUCAGGCUACAGUAGUCGCCCAGUUCCGCGACUAUCAUGCCGAAAAAUUCUCAGGGCAGGGAGAUCCUCGCAUAGUAGACGAGUGGAUUCAGGGCCUGGAGUUUAUCUUCGAGUUAAUCCGUGAGAAGUACUACCCCACCUACUACCGAGCAGAGAUGGAGCGUCAGUUUCUAUCGCUCCAGCAGGGUACUCGUACUGUUGACGAGUAUGAGAGGGAGUUCACUAGACUUGCAGCUUUCGUUCCUGAUUUGGUUCGCACGGAGGCCCAGAGAGCACAGCGUUUCAUUGAUGGGCUUUACCCAACAGUCCGUCAUAACAUCGUAGGCCACGGGACACAGACGUACGCACGUGCAGUUUCCAUUGCCCAGGAGGUGGACGCAAGCAUUAGGAGGGAGGCCGUCC